UCCUGCUGUCUCCGCCGUCCCGCUCUUAUCGCCAGGCUUCUCUGUUCUCAGUCAGAGAGGAAGUUUUGACAGCCAGACUUUACAACCUCCUCUCCCCCUGCCUGCGCUUUGCACAUGCUCUAACAGAAACUCCGGGCCGGUGACUUCAUCCCUCAUUCACGAAAGCUUCCCCUCCUCCUCCUUCCCUCUCUCUCUCUCUCUCCGGCAGCAUGCCAGCCGUUUUCCUCUUGCUGCGCUCUCUGGUUGUCAGUCUCCUCAGUAGCAGAUUAGCAGCCUCUGCCGCGCAGCUCCUUCGCAGAAGCCUGACGGCGGCUGCUGGGCACCUCGGCACCGUGCUGCGCCACGUCUGGGAGCGGAUCAGUUCCCAGGAGUCCAAGGAGGCCAUCCUGGGCUGCGUCCUGUGCAUUCUAAACAUGCACAAGAAGGUGGACAACUAAAUUCGAGAAGAACGAGAAUAGCUUGGACUUUUUAAUUUGUGAUUAAAACGAACCAUGUCGGAGAGCAUCGCGAGGAAAAUCCAGCCGUUCACCAUCGGGACCAAACUCUCUGCGCCGGCCGUGCCAAAGUGCUCGGACUUUCCCGAUGGUUUUCUUCCGAAUCGGACGUUCUCGGAUAACCGCAAACUGAGGCACCUGAACGAACAGGUGUCUCUUUAUCUCGGCCGCGACAGGCACUGCGGACCUGCGGCGAAGCAUCGGCGCGAAGAGACGUCCGACGACCACCUGAACCGAAACACAGUCUCCCCACCGAACACUGCGUCCAGGUCCAUUCGUAAGAUCACCAUCUCCAGCCGAAUUGAGGCUGCGAAAGACAGACUGACUCCAGGGAUGGAGUUGAAGAAAAUAAGAGCAAACUCUGAGAAUAUUAAUAACAAUAACAACAUCACAUCCGCCAACACGCAGCUGCCUAAAAUAGUGGGUGUCAGCUGUGAGAAUAAACCCAGCUCACAGUUCAAGGUAUUGCUGUGUAAAGAUGGUGAAAAGCAGUGCAGUGGUGACAAAGAGAAAUUCACUUCUUCUCCACAGACCCAGAUACGCAAAACCCAAGCAAGAAAGGAUGUGGUGGACAGUCUGUCCUGCGAGCAUAAGGACGUGUGCUUGGUUUCAAAAGUCUCAUCGGUGCAAAAUGAGCACAGUUUUACCCAUCAAAACGCCAUCUUCAAUAAAGAGAUCACUCAGGCAGAGACAUGGAUCCGAGUGAAGCUGCGAGACCUGAGGAACGCCAGUAACAUCCAUAGAUGUCCUCUGACCGACUGGGAGGAACUUUGUCAAACCCUCCAGAGAGAUCUGAAGGACUUUGAGAACACCGUCAUACAACUCAACCAGAUGGGAGAGCAAUUAAUGUGCAAGCUUAACCCGACGUCUGACCUGUUGAAGAAACAGCUGGCUCAGAUCCGCGACCAAUGGAACGCACUCAAACAGACGGCAGCCAAUCAAAUCAAGGCGAUGGGCGGGGCUAAGACUCUCCAGGAGUUUAAUAAGAAGGUGGACCGUCUGGAGGCGUGGAUCAAAGAGAAGGAGCAGGAACAAUCGCUGGCCAACAUCCUUGGGGAAAACACUGACAAGAUGCAGCUUACCAGGAAGAUACUGGAUUUGAAACAGGAUGAGCAGCUAUAUCAUAAUCUUCAUGAGGAGAUCAAUCAUAUGGCCCUCAGACUGGAAAAACAGGGGAAGACUGAAGGAAAGACCAUCUCAACCCGCAGGAAACACAUCAACAAAAU